AUGCAUUAUGAUGGCCAUAUGGAAAACUCAGAUAAAAAUGGCCAUUACGUGGGAGGGAAAGUACAAUAUUGGGAUUAUGUUGAUCCUGAUUGUUUGUCAAUCCUAGAGUUAGAUGGACUUCUUACUGAUGUCGGAUAUUUGGUGCAAGUGAAGACUAAAGACAUAGAAGAGUAUAGAAUCUUGAAUGGUUAUGCAUACUACUACAAAGUGAAUGGACAGAAUAUGAGGGAAGGGUUGGUGGAAUUGAAGAGUGACCAAGAAUUGUUGGCUAUGGCUCAAGAAGUUGUUGAAGACAAAAAAGUUGUUGAGGUCUAUCUUAUCAAGAGAGUUGAGUUAGAAAGUGGUAGGAAAAGGGACUCAGAUAGAGUUCCAAUCCCACAAAAUGAAGGUGGAAGUGAGUCUGAUGGGGACAGUGGGUUUGUGGAUGAUGAAAAUGAAGCCAGUGAGGAUGACUUUGAUAUAAAUGACUUCGAAGGUGGAGGGUACAACCAAAAUCUCAUCAUUGAUAAUGUAAUUGGUGAAGAUGCCGACACCGAUUGUGGUGAUUCGGACUACUUGGGCAGUGUUCACUCGAGUGACGAUGAAGGUAGUACUAGAAGAAGGUUCCAAGAAUUUAAUCCGGCAAGAGAUAUGGAAAAUCCCCAAUUCUUUUUAGGGCAGAUUUUCAGUGACUUAAAGACAUUCAGGGAGGCUAUUAGAUCUUACUCAAUCAAGAACAAGUUCCCUUUGAGGUUUGUUCAUAGUGACCGUGGGAGAGUUCAAGUAUGUUGUGAGAAGAAUUGCAAAUGGAAUAUUUGGGUUUCACCUUCUCCGAAUAGGAGGUCUGUGGAGGUCAAGUCGUACAAUGGGGAACAUAAUGGGUGUGUGUUGGUGUCCCGACACAAAUGGUUCACCUACAAGUACAUUGCGAAGAAGUACUUAUUGAGGUUCGAGAUUGAUCCUAAAUGGGGUAAUGAUUCGAUAGUGCAAACUUGUGAAGAAGACUUUCACUAUACUACUUCCAGAUGGACAGCAAGAUGA